AUGCUAUCUUCCACAAGGUCAUCUCUUUUGAGACAUAUAAAUACAGAAAUUUAUUCAUCGUUAUCAAUACCAUCUCUUCUAUGCCGCUUCUGUUUGCCUCCAUCUCCUGCCUAUCUCCUAUCAUUUAUCCAAACCCAACGUCGUUAUCGCGCUGAAUUCGCACCGAGGAAUGUAACUCGCCGUAAAGCUCACAAGGGGCGGAUUCCAAUUCGCAUUGGUGGUUCCACGAAAGGUACAACUAUCGUCUUUGGCGAUUAUGGUCUCCGCGUAAAGGAUGGCGUUCGUCUCUCCUCUCAACAACUCACCGCUGCCCAUUGGGCUAUUCGCCGCAAGAUAAAAUCAGUCAAGGGAUCUCGAUUAUGGAUGAGAGUAUUUCCAGAUAUACCAGUGACCAGUAAAGGGAAUGAAUCUAGAAUGGGAAAAGGAAAAGGAGCAUUUGAAUACUGGGCUUGUAGAGUACCAAAAGAUAAGAUUGUAUUCGAAAUUGGCGGGGGUGGAAUCAGAAAGGAAGUUGCCAAGGAAGCUUUGAGGUUAGCUGGCGAUAAGUUGCCAGUUACGACCGAGUUUGUCGAGAGAGCGAUUAAGGAGAACACUAGCCUGCAAUCUUAA